AUGAAGCUGCCCCACAAUCACUAUCAUGAUGUUCUCUGCAGCCUAGAGCCCAAGGUCAGAGAUGAGCUCCAGCAGCAUGAGCAGUGUGAAAUUCAAAAACUAAAAGAUAGCUACAUGAGAAGCCUGCAGGAAUGGAAGAAGCACAGUCAAGAAUCUAAAUCUGAGCUUUCCAGCCAGACCUUUUUCAAGAAGUCACACAUAAACUGGAUCAUUGUCAUCUUUCCAGCCCUUCUGGAUCUCAUAAAGACUGAGCAAUGCAAGCUCAAGCUCACCAAUGAGAAGAUGAUGGAGAAUGGGUGGCAUGCUGGUGGGGACAAGAAGACACUGUACAUUCAUGCAAUUAAUACCCUGGCUAAUUCCAGCUUCAAGUAUCAUGUGAUUCAACACAUCCUGCAGGGCAUGGGGAGAGACUAUUGUGGGUGCCCAGAGAAGAUUGUUAUUCUGACAGAAUUCUUCUGCAUGUGGCUGCAGAAGCAAGGCUACUGUGUUGCAGCAGUCUAUAGCAGUAUGAGUGUUGAGGACUGA